UAUUGUGUUCCGUGCAGAAGUAAAGAUGGAGAGUGUGAAUAAAGCGGGUCAGAUGAUGAGUCUAGCGGCUCUGCAGCACUAUGAUCCCUACAUAGUGAAACUGUUGGAUGUCACGGGCCAGGUCGCGCUUUACACCUUCAACUCCAAAGCAAAUGAAUGGGAAAAGACUGAGAUUGAAGGCACCUUGUUUGUGUAUGCAAGGUCUGCAUCCCCACAUCAUGGCUUUACAAUUAUGAAUCGUUUGAGCACUGAAAAUUUAGUGGAGCCGAUCAAUAAGGACUUGGAAUUUCAGCUGCAAGAUCCUUUUCUGCUGUACCGGAAUGGCAACUUGGGCAUUUACAGUAUCUGGUUUUAUGAUAAGAAGGACUGCCAGCGGAUAGCCCAGCUCAUGCUGCAGAUUGUGAAGCAAGAGGCGUUGCAAGCACAGCAGGCGUCACCAGCCAGAGCUCUGGACAGCAGGACAAACGGUUGCGUUCAGACUCGUCCCACAGAUAUACUGGAGCUGCUUAGUAAAGCCAAAGAGGAAUACCAGAGGAGUCAGUCAAUGGAGAGAGAUGAUUCUCUGCCGUCGCUGGAAAAGAGAGAGGACACCACAGACCGACAGACGGCAACUCAACAUGAAAAGUCAGGUCACUCAAUAGUGAAGCAGAUCACAGUAGAAGAACUUUUUGGAAGCUCUUUGCCCAAAGAAACGCCCCAGUCGUCAAAUCCUACCCCAGCAGAAAGCUUGCGGGGCCUGACGUUCGCCCCUCAACUCACCCCACGGCUCUCGACUGAGCCGGCACUGGUGUCUCUGCUCCAGGGGUCCGGCACCAGGGACUCCCAGCACCCCAUCUCCCCAAAAGCAGCUGUUUCGAACACGGAGGAGAGCACGGUGGGGUCCAGCGGUCCUGCACUGCGCCGGCUUCCGCCUGCACGUGUGAAUACGCUCGCGGAUAGAGACGGGAUGCCCGGCUUCAUGCCCGGCCCGUUGGUCACCCCACAGUGUUUCGUAGAAUCCGGCUGCAAAGUUUCCACAUCUUUCACUGGAAAGAGCCCAGCGUCUGUGCAGAGUAAAGAAGUGAACGCCCAGACGCUGGUGAAAUCCAUUACAGCGGGGCCAGUUGUCCACGGGGAGGAGUCUUCACUGCUUCUGUCUCCCAGUGUAUUCCAGCAUUCUAUCACCAAGACAACAGAUCCACCCAGAAUCCCUGCUUCUCCCUCGUCACCCACCACCCCUCUGGCGACGGCAGAUUUACCCCCUGUCCUGUACAGUCGAACCCAGCUGCAAGAGACGCUCAUACAUCUGAUCAAGAACGACCCGCGGUUCCUCGGCACAAUCCAUGAGGCUUACGUACAGAGCAUGACUAAAGGUGUCAACAAGGUCAAGUUAUAGCCACUGAAUAUCUCGCUACACGUUCUGAUGUGAACUUUGAACUCUGACACUUGACUGAAUGUUAUUAAUACUGGCAGUUAUGACCCAAUGAUUUUUCAUUUGCCACAUAUUUGGUCUCUCAAAGCCCCGUUAUGAACAUCAGUUUAUUGACCACUCAUGGUUGUCAGGUCUCCUGGGCUUCUCUCAAUCUCACCAACUAAUGCAUGUGCUUAUAUUAAAGGAGUAGUCCACUUUAUAGAUGGGGCCCAUUGACUUACCAUAGUAUUUUUUUUCCUACUAUAAAAAGUCAAUGGACCCCAUCUUUAAAGUGGACUACUCCUUUAAGGGAUGUGUGCAAUACAGAGUAUUGUGUUCAUGAAGAAUUAUAAGACAUUUGGAUACAAUACAUUUGUGUAUAUAUGUGUAUAUAUAUAUAUGAUCUCAUGUACCAGUGUCAGUAUUUAGCGUGCUUUUUGUUGUUUUUGAAAAAGAAUGUAAUGUGGGAUUAUUGGACAUUUUUUUGUACAAACAGCAAAUUAUUUUUGACAUAAAAGAUAAAUGAAUGACUACAUAAGGAUUAGAUGAGUUCAUUUUAGUUUUUUAUGUUUUGUUUAGAUGCUGCACUUCAUUAGCACUGCUGUGUACAGUAAUGUAUUGAAUUUUGUAACUGAAGUGUUAAAUGGUUAACUUAAAGAGACCAUUGUAAAAGUAAUAACAGUAAAGCUAAAGUGUUUCUAUAUUAGCUACACCCAAACUAUAAUGCUAAUGACAGCAGUUGUCUGAACCAAUGAAAUCAGCUCGUUUCAAAUGUGUUGUGCCAUUAUAACAUUUGUCAAACAUUUAAUUUCAACAUUAAAACAAAAGAGAAAAUCA